UGCGUGGCCGUGCUAUCGCGAGUGCUGCCGAGGCAACGACGGAAGACUGUUAUUCCUCCAUAAAACCGAUCAGCACAACGCAAGAAUAACCUGCCUCACCAACAUUUCUAAUUGGAAUCUCACUUCUUUCAUCCAGUGGAGGCUGAUCCAGAGAAAUCCACAUAUCAUUUCACCACGUUUCACAACUAUCAAAAGGUGUCCCGAAUCGAAGUCUCUCCCUCCACUCCUCAAAGGUAAGCUUCAAUUAAGACAGCGUUGAAGACUUUUUCUGAACAUCUUUGCCAAACGCUGACCUGGAAGUUGGGAUGGCAAAUGUGGAACUUAAGACCAGCACCAAAUUUAAUGAAUAUGAACCUGCAGCUGCAGAAGGUGGAAUGAAAGGAAAAAGCAUUUAUAAUGAUGCUGUUGAAAGCACAUGUUCCCUGCCAACCCAGGCGAAGCCGUCUGGAUUCACCUCCAUGCCGAUGUCUGUUUUCAACCUCAGCAAUGCCAUCAUUGGCAGUGGACUCUUGGGCUUAUCAUAUGCCAUGGCCAACACAGGGAUUAUAUCAUUUUUAUUCCUUUUAGUUGUCAUUGCACUGAUGUCAUUGUAUUCAAUUCACCUCUUGCUCCAAAUUUCAGUGGAAACGGGUUCCAUGGUUUAUGAAACGCUGGGAGAGCUAGCAUAUGGAAGACCAGGGAAAUUUGCUGUUUUUGGAUCGACGUCACUUCAGAACAUUGGAGCCAUCCUGAGUUAUUUACUAAUUGUCAAGAAUCAACUACCACAUGUCAUCGAGUCCUUUAUGUACCAAGCAGAUUCUGAAGCGUGGUACUUAAAUGGCACGUGCCUUGUUCUACUUGUGACUUUGGUCAUCAUCUUACCUUUGUGUCUCUUCAAGAACUUAGGAUACCUUGGAUACACCAGUGGAUUUUCGCUUUUCUGUAUGACCAUCUUUCUGAUUGUAGUUGUCUAUAAAAAGACCCAGAUUCCCUGUCCUUAUACAGUGACUAAUUCUUCAAACUGCACAGACAUGUGCGCAGCCAAGUAUUUUAUCUGGAAUAGUAAGACAGUCUAUGCAUUGCCCACUGUGGCCUUUGCUUUUGUGUGCCAUCCAUCAGUAUUGCCCAUUUACAGUGAACUUAAGAAUCACACAUGCAAGAAAAUGCGACUGGUUUCAGUCUAUUCCUUUGGGUCGAUGUUUAUCAUGUACCUACUGACAGCAAUUUUUGGAUACCUGACGUUCCUUGGCAAUGUUAAAGAAGAGCUGCUUCACUCUUACAAUGAUCCUCGUGAUAAGCUUAUUUUGCUCAUUCGUCUGGCUGUAAUUAUAGCGGUAAUACUGACUGUGCCUGUCCUUCUGUUCACUAUCCGAUCUUCGAUUGUCCUGUUGCUGUUUAAGGGAAAGUUCAACUGGAUUCAUCACAUUAUAGUCACAGUCAUUCUUCUAAUAAUUGUGGAUCUGUUGGUAAUAUACAUUCCAACGAUAAAGGAUGUAUUUGCUGUCAUAGGCUCCACCGCUGCUAAUAUGUUGAUCUUCAUUCUGCCUGCCUCGUUGUAUUUAAAGCUUGUGAAGAAUGAGUCUCAAGGCAAAUGGACAAAAAAAUGUUAUAGUUUUUCUCAUUGUAGGGAUAAUAUUUAUGGCCGUUACUAUACCGUUAAUCUUUGUUGAAUGGAAUGGAAGAAGUGGCAAUAACACAAUCGGAAAUAGCUGCUCAAAAUGACAAAGACACCUGUGACAGAGUGAAGAAAAAUGACAAGAUUUGUUUGCCAAUCUGGAGUAUUCCGUGAAGUAUUGUUCAGUGAAAGGUUUGUCUGGUUAUUCAAGAAUUGACACACCUGGUAGCUUACCAGUUACCGUUUUCUAUGAUAUUGAAAAUAGAUCACUUUGGACCAUAAAGAAGAGGCAUCCUUCACGGAUGUGUAAUCAAUUGUGCAAAAUUCACAGUAGUGGAAGAACUCAGUGCGUCGGGCAGCAUCUGCGGAGGGAAUGGACAAAUUAUGUUUUGGAUGAACACCCUUAUUCAGACUGUUCUUCCAGCACUUUGUGUUUUGCUCAAGAUUCCAGCAUCUGCACUGUCUUGUGUCUUUAUAAUCAUACAUGGAUUGUUUUUGGAUGUUUAUCUGGAAAACAAAAUU